AUGGCUUUUGCUUUUAUUGAUUCAGCAGCAGAGAUCGGCGGAAGUCUCAGCCACUUUGGUGCGUCAACUCAAGAGCUCUUCCGAUCAAUUUUUGAGAAGGGGUCUAUACACUCGGGCAAGCGAUCUGCAUUUGCAUCUAGCAUGAAGGGAAUCGGGAAAGCCUCCGUUAGUGUCGUUCGAGCUCCCAUUGAUGUUGCCUUCGCAUUCACUCAAGGCUUGCACAAUGCGCCGAAACUCUGGGGUGACCACUAUGUAGAGUUGCCCGAGACUGUCGAGGGCAUACCAACCGGGCUCACAGCAGCAAGCAAGGAACUUGUAUUUGGGGUCUACAAUGGAUUUUCCAGCCUAAUACUCUUCCCUAGACAAUGUGCCGCUCACCAGAACAAAUUUGAUAUUCUCCCGGGGAUAGGAUUUGGAACCGUUUCUUGCAUUACGAAAAGUUUAUCUGGUAACUGA